UAAGAGCUGUUCAUGGUGAUGAAAAAGAGCUUAUAAAUUUUGGAUGAUCUAUUUUCCGUACUAUAGUUCUGAAGAAGGUUUUUCAGUUUUGGCAAGGAAUCCGUUAAUUAAUUGGGCUGACAGUUAAGAAGAUGGAAGAAAACCUACCUCCUGGGUUCAGGUUCCAUCCUACAGAUGAAGAACUCAUCACAUAUUAUUUAUUAAGGAAAGUGUCUGACGUUAGCUUCACAUCCAAGGUUGUCGCAGUUGUUGAUCUCAAUAAAUCUGAACCUUGGGACCUCCCAGGUAAGGCUUCGAUGGGGGAGAAGGAAUGGUAUUUCUUCAGCCUGAAAGAUCGGAAAUAUCCGACGGGGCUUCGGACGAACCGAGCGACGGAAUCAGGGUAUUGGAAAACCACCGGAAAAGAUAAGGAGAUAUUUGGCGGUGGAGUUUUGAUAGGGAUGAAGAAAACUUUGGUGUUUUAUAUGGGUAGAGCUCCAAGGGGUGAGAAAAGUAACUGGGUUAUGCAUGAAUAUAGACUUCAAAACAAGCAGCCCUAUAGAUCUUCUAAGGAAGAAUGGGUGAUUUGCAGAGUCUUCCAGAAGAGCUCAGCACCAAAGAAAGCGCAGCAGACAUCAUCCUCUCAACCAUCUCAAGAGUCUCCUACCUCAAUGGCGAAUGAAUUUGGUGAUGCAGACCUACCAAAUCUGAAUAGCAUUGCAAAUUCAUCUAGUGUUGCAGCACAAAUUUACAACAGCACUGGUGAUCCCAGCAAUGUCAGCACAAACAUGAACUCGACCAUGAAUUGGCCUUCUGCAACUGAGCUUCCAUCUCUUCCAUGGCCUUCUGGGUUGAUGCUGAAUCCAAACCUUUCUGUCAAUUCAUUGCUUCUCAGGGCAUUGCAGCUUAGGAGUACAUAUCAACAAAGAGAAGCUGCAACUGGUGAUCACUUUGCAACGUACGUUCCUCAAACAUUUCCUCACAAUAAUAUUGGAACUGAUAAUCUCACUCCAAAUCUCAGUGUCUCAGCUUCUUCCAGAGCUUUAGAACUGCAGGAGCAACCAUUCAAUAUGGACUCCAUUUGGUGAAGUGCCUGUGUAAAUCGUGUAAACCUAGCUUGUGAAUUAUUGUGCUGUAGAUGAAAAUGGUUCCAUUUCUAAGUUCAAUAAUGGAAUCACUUUCUUUAAGGUUGUUAAUUACUACCUUUUCAAGAGAAAACCAGACUCAACUCUUGAUGUUGUAAACAUUACUCGUGCAUUGUUGUAAUCUGUCAAAG